AUGGGAAACACUAGUAAAAUUGAAAAGGGACAAAUGAAUAGUAAUUAAACCACUUAAUAUUUCAGUUAUUUUAAGUAAGAAGUCAAGCAAUAGAUUUCUUAGAAUGAGAUGUGCAAAUAACUAAAAUUUAAUAGUACAAAUUCUUUGUUAUUUACUGUUAAUGAAACAAAGAUUAAAAUUCAUGUUUUUCAUAAAGGAUUUUUAAAUAAGAUAUGUGAAUUUUAUCACAGUAAUAAUAUAUUGACAUAUUUGAAUUGCAAAAAAGACACAAUUUUAAUUUCAGCUUGA